CUCCAAAAUAGGAAGCUUGAAGAUAUCUGAGUUUACAUGUGCUAGUGGGACUUUAAGCCCACUUGUAUUUUACCUUGUCUGGAAGUUGAGAGAAAUGCAGAGUGUGGCCUCUGAGCAUAGCCGGACACGAGUUAUCCAAACUGUCUGUUGCUUGUGCACAUACAUAUAUCUGCACGUAUUCAGCACUUUAUAAGAACACAUUUCCUGGAUUUCAGCCUGGAAUACUGAGGGAGAGAAAAAUAAUUUGGUGACAGUGUGCCAGUUUUGUUUGUGGGAUUGCAGCGUGAGUUGGUGCCGAGCGUGAAGAGGCGCGGGUGAUGCAACUGUCCCUGUGCUGCUGGGAUUCCUCGUGUGGUUCAGAGCACUACAAGAUAUUCUAGGGAGAAUAAAGCGCUGUUAGUCCUGCAAAAGGGGAUCUGCCUAAACGUUUGGACCUACUAUAGCAGCGUAGUUUGACUGAUGAUAAACGUCUGCGGUUUGAAUGGAUUUUCCCUUUGUUAGAAACUGGACUUGCCAUUCUGCAUUCUGUUUGUUACAUUUUUAGUGUAGUUCUUUUGUCUUUGUUUUUUUCUUUUUUUGUUCUCCACAAAUAUUACUUUUAAGCAUAAAAGCAGCUCUGGAAGGUUUAUGUGAUUUUUUUUCUUUGAAGGGAGUACUCUUUGACUUUUGGAGCUUCUUGAGGAGAAUGGUAAUGCCUGCUCUAGCCCAAGGCAGACAAAUCGAAUGUCACUUGGAAUUUAGCAUGCAAGCUGAGAUACUUUGUAGGAUCACAUUUAUUGACACCUUCACUUUCUAGGGUGCAGUAGAGCCCAUGCAGAUUGACGUAGAUCCACAAGAAGAUCAGCAAAAUGCACCUGACAUCAACUAUGUGGUGGAGAACCCCACUUUGGACUUGGAGCAGUACGCGUCCAGCUACAGCGGCCUGAUGCGGAUUGAGCGGCUGCAGUUCAUUGCUGAUCACUGCCCACAGCUGCGGGUGGAAGCUCUCAAGAUGGCACUGUCUUUUGUUCAGAGAACUUUCAAUGUUGAUGUGUAUGAAGAAAUCCACAGGAAGUUGUCCGAGGCCACCAGAGAACUGCAGAAUACACCUGAUGCUGUCCCUGAUAGUGGAAUUGAACCCCCUCCUCUUGACACAGCUUGGGUUGAAGCCACGCGCAAAAAAGCUCUUCUUAAACUGGAGAAACUGGACACAGAUCUGAAAAAUUACAAAGGGAACUCCAUCAAGGAGAGUAUCAGGAGAGGCCAUGAUGACUUAGGUGAUCAUUACCUUGACUGUGGGGACCUCAGCAACGCUCUCAAGUGUUACUCGCGAGCCCGUGAUUACUGCACCAGUGCUAAACACGUUAUCAACAUGUGUCUCAAUGUCAUCAAGGUCAGUGUCUACCUCCAGAACUGGUCCCAUGUUCUGAGCUAUGUGAGCAAGGCCGAGUCUACACCAGAAAUUGCAGAACAAAGAGGAGAAAGAGACAGCCAGACACAAGCAAUUCUCACCAAGCUGAAAUGUGCAGCAGGCUUGGCUGAACUAGCGGCUCGGAAGUACAAACAGGCAGCAAAGUGCUUCUUGUUGGCAUCGUUUGAUCACUGUGAUUUCCCUGAGCUGUUAUCUCCUAGCAAUGUGGCUGUCUAUGGUGGUCUCUGUGCCCUUGCUACCUUUGACCGUCAGGAAUUGCAACGAAAUGUUAUCUCCAGCAGCUCCUUCAAAUUGUUUUUGGAGCUGGAGCCACAGGUUCGUGACAUCAUCUUCAAGUUCUAUGAAUCUAAAUACGCAUCAUGCCUGAAGAUGCUGGAUGAGAUGAAGGACAACCUGCUGCUGGAUAUGUACCUUGCACCUCAUGUCAGGACACUUUACACCCAGAUUCGAAAUCGUGCCCUUAUCCAGUACUUCAGCCCCUAUGUGUCGGCAGAUAUGCGCAAGAUGGCCACUGCGUUCAAUACCACGGUGGCUGCUCUGGAGGAUGAACUGACUCAGCUGAUCCUGGAGGGACUGAUCAAUGCCAGAAUAGACUCGCACAGUAAGAUUCUUUAUGCUCGAGAUGUGGAUCAGCGCAGCACCACGUUUGAGAAGUCGUUACUAAUGGGCAAAGAGUUUCAGCGGCGAGCCAAAGCGAUGAUCCUGCGGGCUGCCGUGCUGCGCAACCAGAUCCACGUCAAGUCUCCUCCAAGAGAAGGUAGCCAAGGGGAGCUUACUCCAGCCAACAGCCAGUCCAGGAUGAGCACCAACAUGUGAAAAUCUUCGUGCACUACCAAAAGAAAUGGUCCCUCCAGGACUGUACCCAUUGUCUCACCCACUAACUGCUGAGCUUCACAAACUGUCCCUGUCUCCCUUGCUUCUUGCUUGGAUUGAGAGGGUCAGGGCUGAUGGUGGAUAAUACAAAUAUUCCAAUAACUUCAGUUCUCCUUGAAAAGAAAUUAUUUCUAAAAACACUAUCCCUGCAAUGGCUCAUCAUUUCUGUUUUGGUAGAACAUCUUCUUCCAUUCUGCUUCUCCCACCACGACAUAAAGAGCUGUCAAGUUAUUCACACA